CUCAUUUCCUGGCGUCGUUACUGGCAGAGGUGAAAGACACAGACACAUUUAGCGUGGAUUUGAGAUUUUAUUCUGAUUUAUCGGCGAAACCCGGAGUCGUUCCGUUCAAGCGAUCGGCGGCCGUUACCGCGGAGUGACACGGAACUCAAACCAGAACAAACCGAAGCGUAAAAAAGUGAAGGAAUGGGGCGAGGAAACUGGAUUCAUUUAGAAGUGAAAGAGAAUUCCGGCUUGAAUUAACCAGACUACGUCAGGACUAGAUAUUAGAUCAUAUUCUAACACUAUAACCCGAUGAUUAUACGAGAUAAUUGUUUUGUAUAUAAAAUAUAGUGCGUUCGUAUCACGAAUUCAGUUUGACCAAAAGUCUCCAUUUGUUUUAAAUAAGACCCAUAGUAAUAACCCAGCUUUUUUUGUAAUAGAGAUCAACUAUAAUGGCAGUUGGUCGGGCGGAGACUCUCCAUGUGCUUCGUAUAUGAGCUGAAGAGCUCAGGCAGGUGUUUUUAAUGGGAGGCGGAUUGAUCUGCUCUGGGAUCAGCGGGCGAAUCUUGCACCGAUGGCGGAGGUACCGGCUCUGGCCCGGUUGGAGUCCCUGGCCCGGUACGUUCACAAAGCGGCCAGCGAGGGGCGAGUCCUGACCCUGGCCGCCCUGCUCCUGAAUCACUCCACCGUUCAGACCCGGUACCUGCUGGAGUAUGUGACCCAGGAGGCCGGGCAGAGAUCCACGCCGCUCAUCAUUGCUGCUCGGAACGGACAUGACAAGGUGGUCCGGCUGCUUCUGGACCAUUAUAAAGUAGACACGGAACAGACCGGAACCGUCAGAUUUGACGGGUAUAUUAUCGAUGGCGCCACGGCUCUUUGGUGUGCAGCCGGCGCUGGGCAUUUCCAAGUGGUACGCCUGCUGGUUUCUCACAACGCCAACGUGAAUCACACCACGCUCACGAACUCCACCCCCCUGAGGGCCGCGUGCUUCGACGGCCGCCUGGACAUCGUACGGUAUCUCGUGGAGCACAAGGCCGACAUCGGCAUCGCCAAUAAGUACGGCAACACUUGUUUGAUGAUCGCCGCCUACAAGGGCCACACCGACGUCGUUCACUUCCUGCUGGAGGGCAGCGCGGAUCCCAACUCUAAAGCCCACUGCGGGGCCACCGCGCUACACUUUGCCGCGGAAGCCGGGCAUCUGGAUAUCGUGAAGGAGCUGGUACGAUGCCAAGCCGCUAUGGUAGUUAACGGACACGGCAUGACGCCGCUGAAAGUGGCGGCCGAAAGUUGUAAGGCGGACGUCGUAGAACUGCUGCUGUCGCACGCGGAUUGCGACGUGCAUAGCCGCAUUGAGGCGUUGGAGCUCCUCGGAGCCUCUUUCGCCAACGACCGCGAGAAUUACGACAUUCUUAAAACGUACCACUACUUGUACCUCGCCAUGCUGGAGCGAUUUCGCGAUCCCGAGAGGGUUAUCGCCAAAGAGUUGCCGUCGCCUGUUGCGGCGUACGGAGGGAGGGCAGAGUGCCGGAAUUUGCAAGACUUGGAGGCCGUUCGGCACGACCGGGAUGCGCUCCACAUGGAAGGCCUGAUGAUUCGCGAGCGAAUCCUGGGCGCGGAUAACAUCGACGUGUCGCAUCCCAUAAUAUAUCGCGGCGCGGUCUACGCCGACAACAUGGAGUUCGAGCAGUGCAUCAAACUCUGGCUGCACGCCUUGCAUCUACGCCAACAAGGCAACCGCAACACGCAUAAAGACCUCUUGCGAUUCGCGCAGGUGUUCUCGCAAAUGGUCCACCUAAAGGAGCCGGUCCGCGCGUCGGACGUCGAACACGUUUUGCGCGCCAGCGUCCUGGAGAUCCGCCGCAGCAUGGCGCGCCUGCGAACCACCGCCGACGCGGAGUUGCCGACGGCGACCGACAGCUACGAGUCCAACGUGUUCACUUUCCUCUACCUGGUCUGCAUCUCCACGAAAACGCAGUGCAGCGAAGAGGAACGGGCGCGCAUUAACAAACAGAUCUACGACUUAAUACGCCUAGACCCGCGCUCCCGAGAGGGCUCGUCGCUGUUGCACCUAGCGGCUAGCUCCAGCACGCCCGUCGACGACUUCCACACCAACGACGUGUGCAGUUUUCCAAACGCGCAAGUGACCAAGCUGCUCAUCGACUGCGGCUCCCAGGUGAACGCCGUGGACCAUGAAGGAAACAGCCCUUUACACCUCAUCGUACAGUACAACCGACCCAUCAGCGACUUCUUGACCCUCCACGCCAUCAUCAUCAGCCUCGUGGAAGCCGGCGCACAUACGGACAUGACCAACAAGCAGAAGAAGACCCCGCUCGAUAAAAGCACGACGGGCGUUUCUGAAAUCCUCCUGAAGACGCAGAUGAAGAUGAGUCUGAAAUGCCUGGCGGCCCGCGCCGUGCAGCAGCAUCAGAUCUUGUACCGAGACCAGAUUCCCAAAAGCCUGGAGGAGUUCGUCGAAUUCCACUGACCCGUGUUUUUCUUUAUCCGUCAGAUCUGGUUUUCGGAGUUUGUUUUUUACCUGUCAAACGGUGCUGAGGACUCCUAAAGUGUUCGGUUUCAGUCGUUUUUUUUUUUUUAACCAAUCAAAACGUCGAUGCUGACGGUAACAGGCAGCGCAGAAGACUCUUAUUUUGAAAACUGAGACGUUUCUUCUUUUUCGCCGAACAGCAUUUUACUGUGCGUUGGACUUCAGUCGUGACGAUGUGAACAGCUUUUUUUUUUUUUAAAUUAAGCUGCUGAAUUUUUUUUGUCAGCGUUAGUUUUUGUUUUCUUAACAUAUUUUAUAAAAGGUUUAUUUAAAACAGAGUGAAAAAUGUCUAUUUUAUAAUGAAUGGGUAGCCGAGAGUUGAUGUCCUAAAGCUAAACUCCGUGCCAGGUGGUUUCUUUUAUUUGAAUAUUAAAAUGUGCCUGUAACCAGAAAGUUGGACGUUUUAGAAUUAUUAUUAUUAUUAUUAUUAUUAUUAUUAUUAUUGUUUAGUUGUUGUUUUAAAACCAUAACGCCACUGCAAAGCCAAUUAGUGAGUCUAUAAUUCUGACUUGCAUUAAUGAACACGUGCUGGAGCUCUUUUUGAGUCACGGGGCCUUAUUCUGGAUGGUGCUGUUGUGAGUGUGUGAGCAGCGUGUCUUCCUGCUUUUAGCUGUGUGUGUGUGUGUGUGCGCGUGUGUGUGUGUGUGUGUGUGUGUGUGUGUGUGUGUGUGUGUUGGAGAGCGUGUCUGCUUGAAUGCGACCGAAUCUGAAUGUGGAGGUUUUUAACCCUCUGUGUUUGCACCGUGUUUUAUCCUUUAAUGACUGGAGAUGGAUCAACGAGUUUUUAUUUCCCAAACCAAAUAUAACGAGAUUAAAAGCAUUGAUCUAGAA